AUGGCCAGGUGGCUCAGUCAGCAGGCAAAACCCCCCGAGGACCCCUGCCCCACUCACAUCACCGCACUCUUUGUGCCAAAAGAACCUGAAGGAUCCAACCUGGAAAACCUAAGACUCGGCUUUACGACGCCAGCCGAGAUCGCUGGCGCGAUAGACGACGGUGAAAAUCGGCGGGGGCCAAAGUGGCAGAGAAAAAACUCGGAAUCCGCACUCUCACGCGACACCAUCACCUCGGCGCCCCGAAGCCACCACUUCCUCUCUCUCUCCGUCUCGUUGAUCCUCGACUAA